GGUACUAGAUUGUGUAUGAUCUGGAUGAACAAUAAACAAGCCAGUACUCUCCCCUGUAUGAACAUUUACAAAAACAAAAAGCUUGUAUUAUGUCAGAAUGUGUAAUACAUUAAUUUAAUCAUGCACUUAGGUCUUUAAAAAGUUUAAAUACCAUUAAGAAGUAUUUGUCAUAUAAUGUAGUUUAGUGUAAUUAACAAUAAUUUCGUAGUCAAAGAAAAACUGUGAAAAAGUGCUUAUAGUUGUAUAUCGAAUGAGUACUGUAUUAGUUUAAAAAUAAGUAAAUAAAAUCAUGCUAAUGUAAUUAUAUAAUAUAUUUCUGUAACUUUUUUCUCAAACAGAUUCACUAAAAUAUUAUCUAACCGUCUUCUUUUACAGUUGCUUUUAUUUCUCUCUACAUGUCUGUGUUAAUAUUUACAGUGUACAACCCCAAUUCUGAAAAUGUUGGGACAGUAUGGAAAAUGCUAAUAAAAACAAAGAGGAGUGAUUUGUAAAUGUACUUUGAAUUGUAUUUAAACAAAAAACAUAUGAAGACAAGGUAUUUGAUGUUUUACCUAAUCAACUGCAUAGUUUUUUGAAGAUAAACGUUUAUUUUCAAAGUGAUGCAUGCAACAUUUUCCAAAAAAGUUGGGACAGGGGCAAUUUAGGACUAAUAGUGUUGGGACAAGUUGAAAUAAGAAGGUGAUGUGAAACAAGUGAGGCAAUCGUCUAAUCAUAGUAUAUAAGGAGCCUCUAAAAAAGGCCUAGUCCUUCAAGAGCAAGGAUGGGUCGAGGCUCGCCAAUCUGCAAACCGAUGUAUCAGUGAAUAGUCCAACACUUUGAGAACAACAUUCCACAAAGACAAAUCAGUAGGAUUUUGGGCAUUUCACCUUCUACAGUGCACAUUAUAAUUAAAAGAUUCAAAGAAUCCGGUCCAGUCUCGGUGUGUAAAGGGCAAGGCCGAAAACCACUUCUGAAUGCGCGUGAUCUCCGAUCCCUCAUGAGUGUAUAUUUUCAAAACUAAAUUAAAUUCACAAAGUAAAACAUCAAACAAUGUGUUAAUAAUGUGUUUUCAGUAUAGUACAGGAUGAAUUGAAUUUUCAAAUGACUAUUUUUUGCUUGUUUUUUUGCAAUUUGCAUACUGUCCAAACUUUUUUUGGAACUGGGGUUGUACAUCUGUGUUUUUUUUUAUUUCAGUACACUGAUUUCUUCACCUACCAUGAGAUUAAACUCAUUUUUAUUCCUAAAUUAAAGCACAUAAGCAAAAGACCAUGCAGUCCACUGUGAUGAGUAUCGCAUGAUUAAACGUGCGAAUCAGUGUCUUUUUCAUGGUGUGUAUUUUGGUUUCUUUUUUCAGUUAAGAAAAAUUGUUUAUUGCAUGGGUUAAAAUUUCUACAUACUAGGGCAUGUACUUAAUUUAUAAUAUUUGCAAUGCAGUAACUGUAUUUAUUUGUACAUCAAGUGUUGUUCUGUCAAGAGUUUGUCAGUGUGUCAUUUUAAAAUUAAAGCAUGUUAAAGCAAGGUCUCUCAUUUUGAAUGCAUUAAAAACUGUGAAAAAAAUCAUGAUCACAUCAUCGUCAGUGUGUUUCAUUGCAUUGUGUUGUAUUUGCAGCAGUGGUUUGGAAUAGUGUACUAACCCACAGAAACCUAAUCGGUCAGUCAAGUUUAAGUUCUAGAAUGAACCAGUGAAAUUUUUAAGUUUUUUUUUUUUUUUUCUGUGCUUCAGAACUUGAAAUUGGGUGGGUUCAAUUAUGGCCUUGUUUUAUUUAUUAUUAUUGUUAUUAUUUAUUUAUUUACCUACCUACCAAACACUGGUGUGUUUAGACUUUAAUUGUGCUUUUAUGUGAUAUGUACUUUAAGUUGCCAGGAUAUUAUUUACUAGAUUUACUUUACCAGAAUACCCAAUAAACUGCCUACAGACAGUGUCUACAAUAAAUAACAUUUCUACAGUGGUAAUUUAAUAAACCAUUCACGAGGGAAACUGUGUUCUGGGAGAUGUACAAAUGUGGAAAAAGACUGCAGACGUGUGUGUAUGGUGUGCUGGGAAGCUGUGCGUGAGUAACCUCUUGACCCUCUCUUCAGGAUUUGAUGUGCUUUGAGUUGGCGAGUCAUUAUGCUGCUGCACCUGUGUGGUGUUAAGAACCUGUACCAGAGCAGGUUUCUGACUGCUAUGUCCUCGCCAUCCCGGAGCUCCCAGAGCCAUCGCCGGUGCAAAAACAGGGCACGCUAUAGCCUCACAGCUGAGCAAUGUCCCCCCAUCGAUCCCAACACCACCUUAACCCUGCCACGAUCCUCUAGCGACCCAGACCUGGUGUCAACUCACAGCCGCUCCACCCUCACAGUCAGCGCCUCGAUCUACAGCAUCGGCCAGCCACAGGACCUCCUCAUCUGCUGGGACAUCAAAGAGGAGGUGGACGCCGGAGACUGGAUUGGCAUGUACCUGAUCGAUGAGGUUCUCUCAGAGAACUUUUUGGACUACAAAAACCGUGGGGUAAAUGGAUCCCAUAAAGGGCAGAUUGUUUGGAAGAUUGAUGCCAGUUCAUACUUUAUGGAGUCUGAGACCAAGAUUUGUUUCAAGUAUUACCAUGGAGUGAGCGGAGCACUGAGAGCCACCACCCCUUGUGUAACUGUGAGAAACCCUUCUGCUAUUGUCUUGAAACCUGUGAUAACUCAGGAUGUCACUCAGAGUCUGGGCAACAGAAGGCUCAUCAGCUUCUCCCUGUCAGACAUCCAGGCAGUGGGUUUGAAGAAGGGGAUGUUCUUCAAUCCUGAUCCAUAUUUGAAGAUUGCGAUCCACCCUGGAAAACACAGCAUCUUCCCUGCUCUCCCUCACCACGGUCAAGAGAAGAGAUCUGGCAUCAUUUGCAACACCAUCAACCCUGUCUGGAAGAGAGAGAGAUUUAACUUUGUCUCUCUACCCACGGAUGUUUUGGAGAUUGAGGUGAAAGACAAAUUUGCCAAGAGUAGGCCCAUCAUCAAACGCUUUUUGGGCAAGUUGUCUGUGCCUGUGCAACGGUUACUAGAGAAGCAUGCUAUUGGAGACCGUGUGAUUAGCUAUGCUCUAGGCCGCAGACUGCCAACGGAUCAUGUCAGUGGACAGCUGCAGUUUCGCUUUGAGAUAACAUCUUCUAUUCAUCCAGAUGAUGAAGAGGUGUCUGUUAAUGCUGAUGUCGCUGUGACCCCUGACCGGCAGGAAGCAGGGGAGCUAAAUAUUGACCCACCAGAAGCUGCUGACUUGGAUGCAAAAGAUGAAGAUCUAAAUGAGCUCAAUGAGAAUAUCUCUCUGGAUGUAGAGGCACAGAAUUCUUUUCCCCUAUCUUCUUCCACUAAACCUAGUUCCCCUGUUCAUAUUGUGUCUAGCACAGAAGAAUCGGGGGAGGAUGGAAAUCUAGAGGAGGCACCAAAGGAUGAAGAGGACAGACCAUUGAAGGAUUUGUCAUGCACAGUUCAGUUCCCUGAACAUCAAGAGCAGAGCCCUGAGGAACCAGCUGAGGAGCUGGGAGAGGUGCAUCAUGAUGGGGAUGCAGAAGUUACAGAGGAUAUUUUGGAAGCUCAUGUAGAUGAAGUUGCAGAUGAAAUAUGCACAAGAGAUGAGGAGGUGGAUGAAGAAGCUAUUAGGGUAAGCAGAAAGGUUGAAGAUUCCACAGAAUUGGAAGGAGCUACAGGCUCAGAGCAGACAGAAGUAAGAGAGGAAGGAGAGAGUGAGACUGUAGAACCAUGCUCUCCAAGGACGACAUGUAUGAUGAAGCGAAAGGCCAUGAAACGCCGGCCCUGCUCACUGCCUGUCUCUGAACUUGAGACAGUCAUUGCCUCAUCUUGUACAGAACCUGAGACGCCACGAUCACACUAUAUCCGUAUACACCACCUCCUGCACAGCCUUCCCUCUGCCCAGCAUGGCUCCCUGAGCCAAGAUGAUGAGGAGACAAUCGAUCCCGACUCUUCUGAGGAUGUCAGUCUGAAACCUGCAGAGAGCGAAAAGGUGGUGGCUGAUGAGAAUGAGGAAGGAUCAAGUGAGACUCUGUCUCCAUCAAUAGUCCCAGAAUGUCUUGGACCUUGCUGUCGAAGGAUUCUGCCUCCGAGCCUCUCUAUUGAACGGCUGUCUGAGCUCAACCAGCUCUUGGAGGGCGAGACCCCCUCACGUCUGGAAAGUGAGGAUGUGGAAACUGAAUGUGGUGGAGGAGGUCAGCGGGUUCACAGGGAGAGUGAGUGUGAACUGUGCGACACCUCCUGCUACAGCACCUCAUGCUACAGCACAUCCUGUUACAGCACAUCCUGUUACAGCAACUCAGGCCAUGAGGGACGAAACCGCUUCUGCAGCCACACACGCCUGUCAUCUGUGGACAGCACACGUCUGUCAGAGAGCACCGUAUUUUCCUCGCAGGAGGAAGAGGAGGAGAACAGUGCCUUUGAGUCAGUAACAGACUCAGGACAGAGCCCAGAGUCAAGGGAGCUGGGCGAUGUUUCCACCCAGUGGAUGGAGGAGCAAAAUGAGGGAGGGCAUGGUCAGUCUCCAGUAGCUGGACCCAGUGUUGGGUCACCAGGAGCUAGUCACCGUCCAAUCAGUCAGCUUUCUGCUAUGCGGGCCACCUCCCACCAUUACCCCAGUGUUGAUGACUCAUUGCCACCAAACUGGGAGGCCAGGAUAGACAGUCAUGGUCGUGUCUUCUACAUUGACCAUGUGAAUCGCACCACGACAUGGCAAAGACCCAGUCAUGCAACAAAAUGUCCCAGCAUGCACCGCUCCAACUCCAUCCAGCACAUGGAGCAACUCAACAGGAGGUAUCAGAACAUCCAGAGGACCAUGGCUACUGAGGAUGAGUUCGGUGGCCAAAGGCUGGAGAGCAGCAGUAGCACAGAGACAGAGAGCGACGUCCCAUCUCAACCUGCUGAUUCAAGACGAGAAGGCUUAUCCUCUCCAGUGAGCAAUCAGAAGAUCACUCUGCUACUGCAAAGUCCAGCAGUCAAGUUUGUCACUCAUCCAGAAUUCUUCACCGUGCUCCAUGCCAAUUAUGGGGGGUACCGUAUGUUCACCAAUAGCACCUGCCUAAAGCACAUGAUUCUGAAAAUCCGACGAGAUGCUCGCAACUUUGAACGCUACCAACAUAACCGAGACCUUGUCACGUUCCUCAACAAGUUUGCAGACACACAGCUGGAGCUGCCAAGAGGCUGGGAGAUCAAAGUUGAUCCACAGGGCAAGUCAUUUUUUGUGGACCACAACAGUCGAGCCACCACCUUUAUCGACCCCAGAAUCCCCUUUCAGAACGGAUGUUUGCCUAAUCACCUCACACAUAGGCAACACCUACAGAGAUUACGCAGCUACAGUGCUGGAGAGGCGUCUGAUGUGUCCCGCAGCCGAGGUGCUUCUCUUAUGGCCAGGCCUAGUAACGGCCUUGUAGCUGCCAUCAGGAGCCAGUACCAGAAUGAUUCAGUGCCCUUAGCAUAUAAUGAAAAGAUUGUAGCUUUUCUACGCCAGCCGAGCAUCCUGGAGUUGCUACAGGAGAGGCAGCCUAGUUUGGCCCGCAAUCACACUCUCAGGGAGAAGAUCCAUUACAUCAGGACCGAGGGGUCACAGGGGGUGGAGAAGCUGUCUUGCGAUGCAGACCUGGUUAUGUUGUUAAGUUUGUUUGAAGAGGAGAUCAUGUCAUACAUCCCGGCUCACCCAUUCCAUCCUGGCCUCAACUUCUCUCCAAGGUGCUCUCCUGGAUCUUCACCCCAGAAUUCACCAGGACUGCAGCGAGCCAGAGCACCUGCUCCAUAUCGCAGGGACUUUGAAGCCAAACUGCGCAAUUUUUAUAGGAAGCUUGAAGCCAAGGGCUAUGGCCAAGGGCCAGGAAAAAUCAAGCUGAUCAUCAGAAGAGAGCACCUGCUCGAAGGCACCUUUAAUCAUGUGAUGGCAUAUUCACGCAAGGAGCUCCAGAGGAAUAAACUCUACAUCACGUUUGUGGGAGAGGAAGGUCUGGACUACAGCGGGCCUUCGAGGGAGUUCUUCUUCCUGCUGUCUCAGGAGCUCUUUAACCCAUACUAUGGCCUGUUCGAGUACUCCGCCAACGAUACAUACACCGUCCAGAUUAGCCCCAUGUCUGCCUUCGUGGAGAACCAUUUGGAAUGGUUCCGCUUCAGUGGACGUAUUUUGGGCCUGGCACUGAUUCAUCAGUACCUACUGGAUGCAUUCUUCACCAGGCCAUUCUACAAGGCCCUCCUCCGACUAGCGACUGAUCUGAGUGAUUUAGAGUACCUGGAUGAGGAGUUCCACCAGAGCUUGCAGUGGAUGAAAGAUAAUGACAUUACAGACAUUCUAGACCUGACCUUCACUGUCAAUGAGGAGGUCUUUGGGCAGGUAACAGAGAGGGAGCUGAAAUCAGGAGGAUCCAACAUUCAGGUUACAGAGAAGAACAAGAAGGAGUACAUUGAGAGAAUGGCCAAGUGGAGAGUGGAGAGAGGAGUGGUGCAGCAGACAGAAGCAUUGGUUCGGGGUUUCUAUGAGGUGGUAGAUUCACGUCUGGUGUCAGUUUUUGAUGCUCGGGAGCUGGAGCUGGUCAUUGCAGGAACAGCAGAAAUUGACCUGAAUGACUGGAGAUCCAACACAGAGUAUAGAGGAGGCUACCAUGAUGGACACAUCGUUAUUCGAUGGUUUUGGGCGGUGGUGGAGCACUUUAAUAAUGAGCAGAGGCUACGAUUGCUGCAGUUUGUUACGGGAACAUCCAGCGUGCCAUAUGAGGGCUUUGCAGCUCUGCGUGGGAGCAACGGCCCACGCCGCUUCUGCAUCGAGAAAUGGGGCAAGAUCACCUCUCUACCCAGGGCUCACACAUGCUUUAACCGUCUGGAUUUGCCUCCAUACCCUUCGCACACCAUGUUGUACGAGAAACUGCUGAUAGCCGUGGAGGAGACGAGCACUUUUGGUCUGGAGUGAAAACUUCCUUGACAAGGGAGAGACUAUAUUUUGUAAACAUACUGUGCUUUGAUUUUCAGUGACCGUAUCCUCAAGAGACUGGUAUUUUAUAAUGAAAUCCAUCUGAGCAUUCAUAUGGGAUUUUUAUUUGUGAAAUUUUGUUUGCGUUUACCUCAGAGUGCAUGAAAUACCUAAUGGAAAUAUUGUACAUAUUGUAUUAUUAUGGGAAUGAGGGAGGGACAUACAGUACUAGUGUGUAGUGAAAACCCGCAUCCGGCCCACAAGGUAGUAUAUCUGACUGAAUUCUCGUGCUAAUGUUCAUGUUACUAAGGAGGCAUUUUGACAUUAUCUAGCUGAUAUGCUAUUAUUAUUGUGCAUGGAGGAUUAAGCCCACCUGAUGUGCAGUUCACCAAUGGCCUACUGUACACACUGUAAGAGGACAUGACAUCCAUUAACAUCCCUGACUUAACAUCCCAAGUAAAUCUCUGUAAACAUUCCGUCUCUGGAAAUUUUAACAUUCAAAAUGACCAUUUUGACUUUUUAUGAGUGAAAAUUAUUUUUAAAAGUCACUGAGACGUGUUGUAGGCUGAUUGGCAUCUAUAAAUUUUCCAUAGGGUGUGAAUUAGUGUGAAUGUGUGUACGGUUUCCCCUGUGAUGAGUUGGAACCACAUCCAGAGUGUCCCCUGCCCUGAGUCCCAUGGGAUAGUCUCCAGGCUCCCUAUUACCCCAUGUAGGAUAAGCAGCACAGAAAAUGGAUGAAUGGAAAAGGAUUAUAGAGUAAAUAAUCCACCUUGUUCAUAUUGUCUGAAUCUACAGUCUGGAUUAGAAAGAAAUCAGCUCCAGCCUCACUUCUUCAUACCAUUCUGUGUACAUUUCUUAUCAGUGAUGCUGUUAUGCUUUUUCUACAAAAAUCCAAAAUAUCCUUAAAUCGUUUCUUAACAGCAAACAAUCUGAUGUGGAUACUAAAAAUGAAACCUUAUCGAGCAGACUGAUAGUAUUCUGGUUGAAAUUAUGAAGCACAGUCACCUUACUCUUACAUCUUACAUCAGUGUCCUCUCACUCCAGGAGAUGGAGAGGUAUAAAGAAAGCAGGAUGAUCUGGGUGAUGUAAGGGAAUUUAGAGUAUACCCAGAUUAGCACCUUAAAUGCUAAUCUCUUCAGGAUGCUCUGGUAUUUCCGACUCCGAAAGAACUCCUUGAGUGUUUUCACUUGCAAAUUCUUUCAUGAUAAGUUAAUGAUGUUCAUCAGAUGAUUCAAAUGCACACUGAAAGGCAUGGUGUUGUUGCUUAAAUUCUCAAUCACAUGUCUUUCAAAUUUUCCAAAAAAGCACCCAAACAUUUAGGGCCUUUAUUUGCAAAGCCAAGAAAGUGGAUAAAAAUAUCACUCUUAUACUACUAGUAUUCAUUAUAAAUAUGCCAAUGGUUGCCAAUAUGCCAAAACUGGAAUAUGCAAUGAACAUAAGGAACCUUGAAAAAGAAAUGCAUUUAACAUUGUUAUUUUUCCUUUCCCAUUAGCUUUAGCCAAUGUACAUCUAUGAUUAUUUAGAGCAAUAUACAUUAUUGACACCACAGAGAUAUCCAUAUUAACCCUUGUAGACAUUAAGAACUAGGGAUUUACUACAAUUUCCAAUAUGGCCUCUGAUACUGAAAUCAAAUCUCUAUUACUGUAUUUAUCUGUAGUACAUAUAUUUCUGUGUUAACGUAUUAUUUUGUAGCUCAUACCUGCAUUAUGUUUCUUAUGAUACUUAUUAUAAUGCAAUGCCUUUUUCAGUUUCUUGAUUCAUUUUUAUUUUUUAUUACUGUAGCAUGGGUGUGAUCAGAUGACAGUGACUGACAGUAAUGUGAAUUGAUGUCAUUUAUUACUUAGUGUUUUAUAGUUUAUUUCAAUGUGUACACCUUGUGUUUAUUUAUUUGUUAUUGGUUUUUUUAAGGGACCAUUAAUAAAUUGCAGACAAAUUUUACUAACAUUACACUAAUGCCUAUGAUCUAUUCCUGUAAUGCACUGAAUUAUUUAAAUAUGUAACACACAACUAUAUGUAAACUGUGUUCAUCUAAUAAAAAGAUCUUUAUAAAUUAAUGUUUACCAUUCAGUAUUAUGGAACCUGUCCAUCACUGUUUAUAUUGCAUUCACAUCAUCCAUUUAUUUGGAUCUGGUUAGGCUGUGUGUAAUGUGUUUUGCAUUGACGCUUUCCAGGCCUGGGAUAGCUAUCAACUAGCUGACAUUAAACCAUAUGUCAUGGAAAGUAUAUAUUUCCUUGUUUCUAUACU